UUUGAUACAAGCGGCGCCUUUCCAGUCCGCCGGAGCGGAGUAGCGUUCGUCGCUCAAGCGCGCGGUUUCUUAGUCUCUCAGCUUUGGACAGAGCAAACUAGCUUUUGGGUGUGAGGAGGGUACGCAAUUUCCCCACAAUGUCUGGUGAGUUAGACCAGCCUCAGGCCGGUCCCUCGCACGCUGGGCUGGACCUGCCGAAUCCAGAAAUAAAUCGGGCUGUGGUCCCGGGAGGGGUGAUACGAAGGGCCGGUGCCCAAGGGCCAACGUCCUGGAUCCAAAAGGUUCUUGAGCAAAUAAUGGACUCGCCUCUCCAGUGGGUCACCCCCUCGGAGGUGGUGCCUGUCGCUGUGCUGGCGGUCCAAAGGUACCUGUUAGAGGACGAGCCACGCGACACGAUACCCAAACCUCCCCUUUACUGCUACGAUGUGACGAUCUCGGACGGAGUGUACCAGGAGAAGUGCUACCUGGACCCCAGGCUGAACUUUCUCGUAUAUAAAAAUAUCCUUAAAGUUGGCAUAGAAAUGAAAAUUUUCAGAGUCUCGUGUCUUUACAACGAGAAAAGGCUAGGCCAGGGGAUCCUGUGCAUUGAUAAUGUCCGCUGUGGGGAGACCUUGGACACUAUUUCUUUAGAAACUCCCUUCAGAAACAGUGCGCACGAGGAGAUACCGGAGAGGCCUUUAAGGGGCGGGAAGAGUCAUUACCUAGCCCUGUGGAAUAACGAAGAUCCGUAUGGAGAUAUCUGGUUAACCAACAAGCAACCUGAGGAAUACAAUUUUAACAAUACCAAAAUAAUUUCCCUUUCUCACCUUGAAAUGACCUGGAAUAACAGAAGGAAUUUUCCUGCUUUGCUUGUGAGAAUCUUGCAUAAAUCAAGACUGCGAUAUUAUGGAAAACCUGAUAAAAACAUGAUUGAGCCAUACCAGACCUUUUUGGAAGUUGCUGACAGUUCAGGCACUGUGUCAGUGAUUAUGUGGAAUGCCCUAUGUCCUGAGUGGUAUAAAAGUUUGCGGGUUGGCUUAGUUCUUCUGCUUCAAGAUUAUUCUGUUAAAAAGAGUUAUCCAUUGAGGCUGCAGCCUCUCCCUGUGGAUCCACAGAUCAAACUAAUUUCUACUAUGGAAGUCUGCCUGAACCUUCGAGAUCCUCCAACUAAUAUAAUUAUAAUUCCAGAAAGACAGGUGAAACCAGAGUGGAAAUUGCCAAAAUUAAAUCACCGCUUUAUCACAAGAUUAGAACUAGAUGAUAUGCCAGAAAAGGAAAUCUGUGAUGUUACUGGCCUUUUAGUUUUUGUAGGAAGGGUCCAGCGCUCAAAAAAGAAAGAAAACUGUGAAGAUUUUUGGUCACAUCGCUGGAUUCACGUUGCUGACGGGACUUCAGAACAACCAUUUAUAAUAGAACUGUUUUCUACAUCUCAGCCAGAAAUCUUUGAAAAUAUUUGCCCAAUGACAUAUUUCAUGUGCACACAGUUGAAAGUUGUCAGAAAUGAUACUCAAGUACCUAAACUGCUUUACCUCACCACUACAAAUGAGAGUCGCGUGUUUAUUACUGGUCAUAGAGGUCAGCUGUGUGCCAAUGAUACCAGGGUAAAAAAUUUUAUUCAGUGGAUUAAAACAAAGACUGAAUCUGGGGAAGUGAAGAAUUCUGUUAUUGGUGGAUAUUACCCCUAUCCACCAGUGCCAGAGACAUUUUCGAAGUAUAGAAGUUCUCUUAAAGUUGAGCCGCUCUUGACAGCUAUAAGUGAAGUGAGGAAGGAGAUUGAAGACUUGCAGUAUAGGGAACAAAAGCGCAUUGCAAUUCAGGGGAUAAUUACCGUUAUAAAGUAUAUCCCCCAUAGCAGUGCAACUGAAAGUACCUCAGCAUCAGAAACACUUCGGAAUGGUAACCGACCAACAGCAUCCCAGGCAGCUGAAAGAGAAAGUCAAAGUCAGGAAGUAAAUGGUAAACAGCACCAAGAUGAUGGUUCUAUGAGUUCUCAGUGUUCUCAAACUAAAAAUACAAGUUUGAGCCCUGCCAAGAAAAAAAGGAUUGUGCAGGUGCAAUAUACCAAAAUAAUUCCUGUACGUCGGCCAGAAACUUCUGUACAAACAGAAGGAAAUAAACCAGACAUGCCAAGCAUUUCCCACCGUCGAGAAAGCACACGCACUAGUAUGCACGGGAAAGCCAGAAAAACUAUAAGUCAUAGGUGGGAAAGUCAGCUGUGGAGAGAGAAGAAGUUUGGCUUAAUAGAGCACCUGCAUUACAGCUAUGUUUAUCCUGAAAGUGUUCCACGGAAAUUUACUUUUGAACACAAAAAUUUUCUUAUUCAGCAGUAUAAUUCUCAGCCUGCGAAAUACACACCGCCAAAAGAAACGCCCCCCAAACUUAAUGAUUUUAAGAGUGCCCGAAGCCUUGGACAUUUUGAAGUAACCAUCCUAGGUCUGAACCAUGAGAUAGCGAUUGAUGUUGCAUUCCUACCCAUGUAUGGUCCAGAAGAUAUCCGAACAUCUCAAAUAGACACAUUAUUAACCUCCAUGAAUUACAGUUGUGUGUAUCCACAGGAAGUAAAUGGCAAUGAAAGGGUGCCAGGUCCAAGAGCAAUUGCAGGUGAUAUUAUAAAAGCAGUAACUGAACUGGAUAGAAUGCAUGUCGUCUGUAUCUUGGAUAUCUGUAAUUUGGGUAACAACAAGGUCGAAGUCUGUUUGCAUAAAAUUUAUAGUCCAGAUAAUAUUUAUUAAAAAUUGGCAAAUGAAACUAUUACAGGUCACAAAGAGGGCACCGUUUUAAAGAUAUUGUAACAUUUUGUUGGUAAUUUCAAUUUUUUCUGAAAGAAUAUUACAGAAACUCUAAAGUUAAGUGGUUUUAUGUUUGUCUUGUAUUUGGAGCUAACAUUUCAUUUUAAAUUCAUUACUGAAACAGUCAUUAAAACAAUUUUUUGUGUAUCAAGAAAAUGUACCUUACUUUCAUAUGACUGUCAUCUUGACUUACAAUAAUUUGUGUUCACUGCUUUAUUUGUGAACUGUACUUUUGUUCUAAAGCCUCAGCAUAAGGUGUACUGACUUAAAAGAGUAACUUUUCGUCAGACAUUUAACAUCCUGACACUUUUAUUCACCUAUAAUGGGAAAUUUUGAAUUGCUAAUUUGGAGAUUAAAUGUUUCCAAAAUGGUCAACCUGCAUUUCUCACAACCAAAGUAGUAGUUGCUAUCAUUUUCAAAAGCACGCCUUUGUUAUGGUCCAUUUGCCCCCGCUUUAGUUUAUUUGGCUAUCCAAUGUGCCUGCUAAGGGUUUUCCACUCCCUCUUAUGACUUCAUAUCCUUUGAAUUUCUAAACGUUUUGACUAGUGUGUGAUCUUAAAGCCAGAGGCUUUAAUUUGUAAUUUUGGUACAUGUAAAGUAACUUUAAAUAGUGAAAUUUUAUCUCAUAUUAACAUUUUAAGUGCUCAUAUUGAAAGUAUAAAACAAUAACUAAGGGAGUUCAUUUUAUUCUGGUUGUCUCUUAUACUUCAUUUGAACUGUAAAUGGCCUUUCCACAUUUGCAAGGCCCUAUGGUUGACAUCUAUGUGCAUCUAUGACCAUCACGAGUUAAUAAUUAUUCUGUAUCAAGAGGAAUCUGAUUAUAGUUAACCUGUUAACUUGUGGGGUUUCCUCCUUGCCCUGUGGUUCUGUGACUUCAUAUGCUAUACAUUUUAAAUGUAUUGGAUAGCUCAUGAACCUAAAGACAGAUGCUGCAGUUUGUUCAUAAGUGUGUUCAGCUUUUUGUUUUUAUAAUUGCGUAUAAAUAUUAAAUUGCAAAUCCUUCUCAUGUUAAAAAUUUGAGUGAAUUAUUAAAGAAGU